UUCAGGAAGUCUUUAAGGUUGAUUUAGCUUAGGCUUCGCUUUUUGCAGCACUCAACAUAUCUUUCUGUUUUAUUUGAGAGUUAAACACACCCAAACAUGUCUGUGGAUUGGUUAGGUUAUGGAUAUGCAGCUCUUAUAACGAUAGGAGGGAUUAUUGGUUAUGCUAAAGCAGGUAGUUUAAUGUCUUUGGUCGCUGGGCUGCUGUUCGGCAUUGCAGCAUUUGUUGGUGCUUCUCAAAUGUCAAAGAAUGACAGAAAUAUAUGGGUUUCACUGGGCACAUCUGGAUCUCUGACAUCUGUAAUGGGAGUGAGAUUUCUGAGUUCAUGGAAGAUAAUGCCAGCUGGACUCAUGGCAGGAGCAAGUUUGUUAAUGUUCCUCAGGAUAGGUGUGAAAGUGUUUCAGACCUCCCAAACGAAGAAAAGAUGAACCAAAACUGAACACACAGAACCUGUGGGCACAGUUAUGCUGAAUUAGUUUAAUCAGACAUUUUAAAGAUAUGAGACCAAAAAAAGAAAAUACACGUAUAUUUUGAAAUAAAAUAAAUAAUACAUUUUGUUCAUAAUAAAUGUCUUGCAAAUUACAUUUUUAUUUGCAUUUUUUUUUUUUUUUUAAUUUCUCUACAGACUGUGUAGAUUGUUGCAUUGUGUAUUUGAAUUACAACUUUGGAUUUGGAUUUUACAAAUGUGGAUAUACAACUUUUCCUGUAAUUUAUGUGCAUUUACUCAUCACAGGUGACUUUAACAUUCUUCUGUUCAAGAUGUCCCAGGCAGCCUGCAAACAAUAUUUUCAAACUAUUUGAUAUCUUAUUUUUCUUAUGUCUUCUAAGUCUCUUAUGUCACCUAGAAGUGAUAAAUAUUUCAACCAGAAGCACAUUAUUCAAAUAGUUAGUCACAGAUUCAGGUAUUGACUUUGACCUAUAGGGGGCGCUAAAACAUUUGAUUUAUUGUUUUAGAUCACAAAAAGGGCUGUUCUUUAGCAUGUAAACAUGAAUCAAACGUUGCCACUUUAAAAUCCUGUUC